GGACCAGGAUAGCAGAAGAAGCCAAGACAAGAAUUAAACCAGCACCGUUGUUAGUGAAGAAGACAACACUCUCAGCUCCUCUUUCUUCUCCUAACUAUAUACCGGUGUUAUCUGCAAGCUGCUAUUUUGAAACCACCCAUUCUUAAACAAAAGCUUUCUUCUUCUUCUUCCUCUCCUCUGCUCUCAAAUAUUUGAGUUCAAAAGAAACCCAAAACAAAAAAAUGCCGACGCUGAACCUGUUCACGAAUGUUCCGGUCGACGCAGUGAUAGUCUCCGACAUUCUCAGGGACGCAACCAAAGCCGUCGCCAAAAUCAUUGGCAAACCCGAGUCCUAUGUGAUGAUUUUGCUCAAUGGGAGCGUGCCGAUUGCGUUUGCGGGCACGGAAGAGCCGGCUGCGUAUGGGGAAUUGAUCUCCAUUGGGGGCAUUGGACCCAGUGUUAAUGGGAAGCUGAGUUCAACUAUUGCAGAGAUUCUGGAAACCAAGCUUUCCAUAGAAAGCUCUCGCUUCUACAUCAAAUUCUAUGACGUUCAGCGGCCAUUCUUUGGCUUUAAUGGCUCAACAUUCUGAUCACAACUGUGUGGGGACUGUUUGAAGACUGGCUUGCUAUUGGCUUACUCUUUCCCUCAGUAAUUCUCGCUAAGAUGAAACAAGUCUGUUAAGAGUACUGUUCGAUGUGAUUAUUUAACAUUUAUCUUUAUGAAAAAGAGUUCAUCUGAGAUUCUGAGCUUCAUUAUUUACUAGUUGCCGUGGUGACAUUUGAUGAAGAGGAAAGUGUUGAAACAGGAGGCCUUGAGUCAACACUUGCUUGCAACUAUCAUAGAAUGAGAAAUGUUCUCAGUUCUCACAUUCCAAGAUUUAAUGGUCGUCAUGCUCACUCUUUCUAACAUGGAGGAUUGAUAUUAAAGAGCAAAUGUUUCUUCAAAUGCUGGAACUGGAAUCAGAUUCGGAAGCAACAUAUUAAAUUCGAUUUAGGUUUGUAAUUCUGAACUAUCAUUAGCAGACAGACCCAACAACAAAACUCUGUUCGGUUGUAACGACAUGGGGUCCCAAAGAUGAUGAUCUUCUUGCUGUGCUGAAGCUUCUACAGUCACAAAAUCAUUAGCAGCUGGAGCUGAUACAAGGAGAUGACGUUCACGGCUGGGGGGAAGAGCAAAAUACCUUACUUUAGGCAACCUACCUUGGUGUGUUCUAAUUCUUUCAGUACUAUCAAAGUUUUGCCUUACCUUUCC